GAUCUUAUCUGCCAUUCUUCUUCUUCUUCUUCUUCUUUCUUCCUUGAGCCAUGGCAGCUCUCUCAGAAUUCUUCUCCCAUCUUUACACCAUGACCAUCGUCUUCUUCACUCUCCUCGUUAUCGAAACCCUAGUCCUUCUCCGCUCUGCCACCGCCACCGUCUGCAAGACCAAGAAGCGCUUCGUCACCACCACACAAUACCUCAAACUCAUCGAAGAGCUAAACCCCACUACCAGUUACCACAAGAACCACCACCAGCUCAUCGACGAAGCUACCCCCGCUGUGGAAUGCCUCGUUUGUUUGUCCGACUUCGAAGACGGAGAUAAGGUCAGAAAACUCAAUUGCAACCACACAUUCCAUAAGGACUGUCUGGACAAAUGGUUGCAGCAAUAUUUGGCGACGUGCCCCCUCUGCCGAACCAAGGUUUUGCCGGACGAAGUGGUGGCCGAUUUCCACGGGCAGCUGCAGAAUCAAAACCAGAUGGAGUUUGAUGGUAGUGAUGAAGAAAUGGUCUUUCUGUUAUCAGCAUUACAUGGUAAUAUUUUAUACAGAUUUUUCUGAUGAUUUUGUAUUAGCCUAUUAGGGGCCUUUGUUUUCCUUUUUUUUUUCUUUUUUUUUUUUGGAUUUAGUGCAUAGUUUAUUUAAAGAAUAUAUUUUAUAUCUAUUAUAAAAUUAAAUGAGACGAAUUUCGAAGAUGUGGGCUGUAAUUAACACAGUUAAGUAAUUAAUUAUUAAUUUAUUAACAAGUGAAGAAUAUUAAUUUAGAGAAAAUGGAAUUGAAGUGGAGAGAUUAUUUCAAUAGAGGUUGUGCAGUAUCUGAGGAAGGCGAUGAUGACUAUGGUGAGAAUGGUGGGGACAGAUCGAGAAUUUAAGAUGUGUGGAGUGUGAGGUGACAGGGUUAUGAAAAUGGGGCGGUUAACGUGUGGAAAGAAGUGGAAAUAAAAAUUUUGUUGCGUGUGGGGCUGCCGCGGAUGGAAGAAAAUUAUUUGUUUUUUGUUUUUUUAUGGGAUCAAAUUAUAGGUAUAUAUUUUAAAUUAUAUAAUUAGAUAUAAAAAUAAUUAAUUAUUAUAUAAUUAAAUAAUUUUAAAUUAAAAAUAAAAUAAUAUAUAAUUAUGUUAUAAUAAUAUAUUAUUUAUGCAUCUACAUAUUUUUAUAUUAAUAUUAUUAUAAGUGAAUAAAGUAAAAUUGUAGAGGUGAUACCUGUGAACAUUGAGUAAAUAAAUAGUAAAUUUUAGUUGGAAACUCUCCAUCUUUAUUGAUUGUAUGAAAAGUACAAGAUUGCUUUUGUGGUGAAGCAGAUUUUUCAUCAUUUAAUUAAUUUGGGUGGACAUACAUACUUAUUAGUAAGUUUGAAAAUCCACUCCAUUAUUAAUGUAAUUAUUUGUUGGCAUAUACCCCUAACUAAAAGGGGAAGCCUCACAUUAUUGAAUAGAAGAAGUAAAUGCAUUUAUUUAA